UGGUCGGAUCACUUUUGACGCCCUCGUUUUGUGAGUCGUUGUGAGGCAGACGUAAGUUCUGUUGGUUUGAGCUGGUUUCCUGCUGCUUUGCGCUACAUAGCUACAAUGAAUAUCGUGUACAUAGUAUUUGUGCUGCUACCUGCAAUAGUGGUCGCAGAAAACCCGUGCUGCUCGUUCCCGUGUGAGAACCGUGGCGUGUGUAUGAGGGAGGGCGGCGGGUACACGUGCGACUGUACCCGGACAGGCUACUACGGACAGAACUGCGAAACACCGGAGUUCUGGACCAGUGUGACGGCCGCUCUCAAGCCGAGUCCGGAGACGAUUACAUUCCUCCGUUCGAAUUUCAAGUGGUUCUGGGACGUCAUCAAUAACAUCCCUAUUCGCAACGUACUGAUGAGAGGCUUAUACAUAGCCGUUACAGGUAAGGUAGACAGCCCCCCUCUGUACCACACUGGUCAUGACUACACGACUUGGGACACCUACUCGGACCGGACCUACUAUGCCCGCGUGCUGCCCCCUGUACCCACCGACUGUCCCACCCCUAUGGGCACUAAGGGCCGCAAGGAGCUCCCCUCCCCCGAGUAUCUCGCUCAGACGUUCUUGGCGCGUAGAAAGUUCAUCCCCGACUUGAGAAGACGCACCAGUGUUCUUCUCGGCUUCGCGGCGCAGCACUUCACUCAUCAGUUCUUCAAGACGGACUUCGAAAAGGGAGCAGGCCGAACAUGGAGUGACCAUGCGGUUGACAUGAGUCAUGUUUACGGGCACACCGCGGAGAGACAACGUCAGCUCCGCACCAUGCAGGACGGGAAGCUGAAGCACCAGUGGGUGGAUGGACAGAUGUACCCGCCCAGUCUGCAGGACGUCCCGGUACACAUGAACUACCACCCCGACGUUCCCGAGGAGAAGCGCUUCGCCUUGGGGCACGAGUUCUUCGGCAUGCUGCCGGGACUGUUCGUGUGGGCAACGGUCUGGCUGAGGGAGCAUAACCGGGUCUGUGACGUCAUGAAGGAGCUGCACCCGGACUGGGACGACGAACGACUCUUCCAAACCGCCAGGCUCAUUCUAAUCGGUGAAACCGUCAAAAUCAUCAUUGAAGAAUACGUGCAGCACCUGAGUGGCUCCAACUUCCAGCUGUUUUGGGACCCGGAACUCAUGUUUGAGGAGAAGUUCCAGUACCAGAACCGGAUAACUGUGGAGUUUAACCACCUGUACCACUGGCACCCGCUGAUGCCUGACCAGUUCCACAUCAACGGCACCACGUAUGACAUGGAGGAAUAUCUGUACAACAACGACUUGGUCUUCAAACACGGGCUUAACGUCACAGUGGACGCCAUGUCCAGGCAGAUAGCAGGGCAGUUUGGACCAAAGAACAUCGGAGCUGUCAAUCUUCAGGUUGCCGUGGAAACCAUCAAAAAGGGGCGGGAACUGAGGCUACAGUCUCUGAACGAGUACCGGAAGCGGUUCGACACGCCGCCGUACAAGACAUUCCAGGAACUUACAGGUGAUGAAGAACUUGCCGCCCAGUUGGAGGAGGCGUACGGAGACAUAGAUGCAGUGGAGAUGUAUGUGGGAUGGUUGAUUGAGAAGCCGGUGUCUGGCAACGUUCUCAGUCAGAUGUUUCUUGAGAUGGGCAGUCCCUUCUCCUUCAAAGGUAUGCUGGCCAAUCCCAUCUGCUCACCAGGAUGGUGGAAACCCAGCACAUUCGGAGGGGAGGUGGGGUUCAACUUGGUGAAGACGACCACCGUUAGGGACCUGUUCUGUAGGAACAUGAACGGGCCCUGUGGUCUCGUCUCCUUCGCCGUGCCUGAGGACGUCCAGCCGACCGGACUGCCCGAGGAUGUGGAGCCCACUGAAGAAGGCGGUCAAUGUUACAAGGAUGGGUGUUAGAACAACAGACUGUAGGUGGGACAUUUGUAGUCACUAUGACGAUAAGACGAAACCAAUUCAAAAACCAAUACAUUGUAGAAGUGGAAUUAGGUAAAUGUUCGGUAUAUGUAUUACGAUAUAUCAAGAUGAGACGGAUUUGGCUUUUCAUUACCUAUUUCAUUACCUAUUUUUCUUUCUUAUGUUGUUUGUAACUGCAAUUAGCCCUCGGGCAAGUAGUUGCAAUAAACUUUCUUUCUAUAAUAUUAUUUUAACAAGAGGAGUACACUUUCUUACAGCAAGAGGACCAUUUAUUGAA